AUGAGGACAUUUCAAGGCUUCUCGUGGCUUUCAGCCCUGUCAAUACUGGCGACCGUCCCCGACAGCGUUACUGUCAAUGCUCAGAAUGGUACCAUUGGGCAAUGGCCGCUUCACGACAAUGGCCUGAACCAGGUCGUUCAAUGGGAUCACUACAGCUUCAAGGUCAAUGGUAAAAGGCUUUUUGUAUUCUCCGGAGAGAUACACUAUUGGAGAAUUCCGGUCCCUGAAGUUUGGGAAGACUUGCUCGAGAAGAUCAAAGCUGCAGGCUUUACAGCCUUUGCAUUCUAUGGGAACUGGGGUUACCACAGCGCAAACAACCGCACAACAGACUUUGAGACUGGAGCUCACGACUUUACAAAACUCUUUGAGAUUGCUCAGCGGGUCGGCUUAUAUGUCAUUACUAGACCCGGGCCGUACGUCAAUGCAGAGGCCAACGCUGGUGGAUUUCCACUCUGGCUUACUACUGGCGCAUACGGAUCCUUGAGAAAUAACGACAGUCGCUACCUUGAUGCGCUUGAUCCAUAUUUUUCCAGAUUCACAUCGCUCACGAGCGAGCAUCAAGUGACCAAAGGCGGAAAUGCUUUGGUCUAUCAGAUUGAGAACGAAUACGGUGAGCAAUGGAAGGAUAGGGCCGAAAAGAUCCCCAACACGGCAGCUGGACAGUACAUGGCUGCUCUAGAGGAUUCGGCGCGUGCGAAUGGCAUCGAUACUCCCCUGAUCCACAACGACCCCAACAUGAACACAAGGUCUUGGUCGAAAGAUUAUGCCCCAGGCGCUGCUACGGGAAUGUCGACGUGGCUGGACUUGACAGCUACCCAUCAUGCUGGUACCAAUGGCAAAUAUGUUGCAUACCAGGUCAUUGAUUAUUAUGAUCAUUUUGUAGAAGUAGCACCCACUCAACCAAGCUUCUUCCCCGAGUUCCAAGGUGGAUCAUACAAUCCUUGGGGUGGUCCGGAAGGUGGCUGCCCCGCUGAUAUUGGCGCAGACUUUGCAAACCUCUUCUAUCGAAACCUCAUCGCACAAAGGGUUACCGCUGUCAGUCUCUAUAUGAUGUACGGAGGGACCAACUGGGGUGCAUUUGCAGCUCCUGUUGUAGCUACAUCAUACGACUACAGCAGUCCGAUUAGUGAGAACCGCAAGAUUGACAGCAAAUUCUACGAGACCAAGAAUUUGGCCAUGUUUACACGUGUGGCUCACGAUUUGACCGUGACCGAUCGACUCGGCAACAACACUGGCUAUACCACCAAUCCAGCCGUUGAAGCCAGCGAGCUGCGCAAUCCCGAAACGAAAGCGGCCUUUUAUGUCACAAUCCACUCGCAGUCUUCUUCUGCGACAGUGGAAUCGUUCAAGCUACAUGUCAGCACCUCGGUCGGCAAUUUGACCAUUCCUCAACACGGCGGUUCCAUCGUUUUGAACGGGCAUCAGUCAAAGAUUCUAGUGACCGACUUUGCCAUGGGCAGUCAGACACUAGUUUAUUCCACCGCAGAAGUGUUGACAUAUGCUGUAAUCGAUACAAGACCUGUAAUGGUGCUAUCCGCAGGCACAGGGGAAUCGGUAGAGUUCCACAUCAAGGGCGCUAAAAAGGGUUCUAUUAUCAGCACUGGAUCGAAUGUAAACGCAACGUUCUAUAACGAGGCCGGCGGAACUACGACCAACAUCAGAAGCGUGUCCGGUAUGAGCGUCUACCAGUUUGACAAUGGCGUCAAGGUUAUUGUCGCAGACAAGCCGACAGCAUACCUGUUCUGGGCGCCAAACCUAUCCAAUGACCCUUUUGCACCUGUCGACCAGUCUGUACUCGUUUCCGGUCCAUAUCUUGUCAGAAGUGUCAGCUACAGCGAUGGAAUACUGGCACUCAAGGGCGACAUUUUGAACACCACAACGGUUGAAGUCUUUGCGUGCGCAAGUGCAGAGACGCUUUCUUGGAAUGGCAACAAGCUACAAACCUCUCGUACAACCCAUGGCAGUCUCAAGGCAACAGUAGCAGCAUACAAUGGCACUAUUGAGAUUCCUCCACUGGACGACUGGAAAGUGCACGACACCCUGCCCGAGAAGCUGCCUGGCUACAAUGACAGUGGGGCGGCCUGGGUUGUCGCGGAUCACUUAACAACACCAAACCCAACCACGCCCGACACUCUCCCGGUGUUGUACGUUGACGAGUAUGGCUUUCACAACAGCUUUCAUCUCUUCCGUGGGUACUUUGAUGGCUCAGCGUCUGGCGUCAAGCUAGCCGUCCAAGGUGGCCAAGCUUUUGGAUGGAGUGCAUGGCUAAAUGGCGAUUACCUUGGAUCGUACCUUGGAAACUCUUCGGUAGGUACAGGAAACAUGACGCUAUCCUUUGUUAAUGCGACGGUGAAUACAAACGGAACCAAUGUGUUGCUUGUUGCGCAAGACAACACGGGCCACGAUCUUAGAGCUGAUGCAGUCAAGCCUCGCGGUAUCCUCGGAGCCAUGCUUGAUGGCGGCAGCUUUUCGCAAUGGAAAAUCGCGGGAGAGGCUGGCGGAGAAAAUGUUCAGCUUGACCCUGUACGUGGCACCUUAAGCGAAGGAGGGCUUACCGCUGAGCGCCUCGGAUGGCAUCUUCCAGGCUUCGACGACUCUGCUUGGAACUCAAGCUCACCUUCUACUGGCUUUGAAGAGGCUGGUAUCUACUUUUACCGCACAGUCAUACCGCUCAAUGUCCCCGCCGAACUUGAUGCGGCUUUUGCCUUUGUUCUCAACGCAUCGGGCUCGCAGCAUGUGAGAGUGCAGCUUUUUGUCAAUGGCUACCAGUAUGCGAGGUUCAAUCCGCACGUCGGUAACGAGAAGAAGUUCCCUGUUCCGCCAGGAGUUUUGAACUAUGGAGGCGAUAACGUCAUUGGACUUAGCGUAUGGGCACAGUCUGAAGAGGGUGCGAAGAUAGAUGUGCAGAUGGUCCAGGAGUAUGCGGUCGAGAGCAGUUGGAGCUCACGGUUCGAUUCGGAGUAUCUCAGGCCUGGCUGGACGGAAGCAAGAUUGGCCUAUGCUUGA